AUGGCACAGGUGUUUGGCUGUACAGUUCCUAGGUCGGACGCCACUGAAAGCGGUCAAGGCAAGAGUAUGGUAGACGCAUGCCUCGCAAAUCAUGUGCCAUUAUUCAUCUGGUCGUCCCUGCCGAGUUCUGCAGAUCUUGCCGUGGGGGGAGGCAACUUCCAGCUCCUUGACCAGAAGAGCGAGGUCAAUACAUACCUGAAAGUCAGCGGGCAACCCGCGGUGACGCUCUUCACGGGAGCCUUUACAGAAAAUCUCUUCAGCCAACGUCAGAUCGUAUAUAACGCUCCAGGAAGGUGGGAGAUUCGAUACCUGAUUGCUCCGGGACAUAUGAGGCAGCCAUUCUCGUACAUCAGGAAGGACAUGGGAGCUGUUGCGGUGGUGAUUAUCCGCCAUUGGUCUGACGCCCGAUGGCAAGAGAAGCUGACAGAGAAGCCAAUUCCGACAUGUUCUUACAAGAUAACUGGCGAUGACUUGGCCAAGACUAUCUCGGAGAUCACGGGUAGUACGGUCACUCUGCCAGUUGGGAAAAUAACCAAGAUGUGGACGAUGGCCGUCAAGUACUGGAACUACGAUGAUUCGAUUCCGCCUAAGAUCCUCGUUGAUCUUGGAGUAAGGUUUCAUUCCUUCGAGGAUUUCGUCCGGGAGGCGCGCCGUUCAUGA